GCGCGGGGGCCGACGGGAAGAAGGAAGCGACUCGCACUUCCGGGUUUGGCGAGCUGCCUGCCUGUUUGGUGGAGGCGAGAAGUGGCGGAGGAGGGAGAGGGAGACCCGGGAGGCCGCCCACCAUGUGAGGGGGGUGGAAAGGGCCUCCAGCCCCCGUCCCACCCCCGCGUUGAGGCUCCCCUCCUUCUCCGGACAGUCGGCUGAUGAAAUGGAGCCUGGGACCAGUUCCUUCAGAGUGGAGUUCCCCAACUUCUCCAGCACUAUCCUACAGAAGCUGAACCAGCAGCGCCAGCAAGGGCAGCUGUGUGACGUCUCCAUCAUUGUCCAGGGCCACCUCUUCCGAGCCCAUAAAGCCGUCUUGGCGGCCAGCUCUCCGUACUUCUGCGACCAGGUGCUCUUGAAGAAUAGCCGCCGGAUCGUCCUGCCCGACGUCAUGAACCCUCGGGUGUUUGAGAACAUCCUUCUGUCCACCUACACGGGACGGCUGGUCAUGCCCGCCCCGGAGAUCGUCAGCUAUCUCACGGCGGCGAGUUUCCUCCAGAUGUGGCACGUGGUGGACAAAUGCACCGAAGUGCUGGAGGGGAACCCUUCCGUUCUUUGUCAGAAGCUGAACCGUGCGAACGACCAUCAGUCCCCCAGCAGCAGUAACUACAAUGGCCUGGUGGAGAGUUUUGAACUCGGGUCCACCGGGCAGACGGACUUCCACAAAGUGCAGGAGCUGAGGGACGGGGAGAAUGAAGAAGAAAGCUCGAAAGAUGAGCUCUUGUCUCAGCUGACGGAACAGGAAUAUCUUCCCAGCAACUCCUCGACGGAGCAUGACCGAUUGAGCACGGGGAUGACCAGCCAGGAUGGAGAAGAAGGGGCUAGUGAUAGUGCGGAGUAUCAGUACGCCCGGCCCCUUUACAGCAAGCCCAGCAUUAUGUCCCACAAGCGCUGGAUCCAUGUGAAAACGGAGAGGUUCGUGCAAGACUGUGAAGGGCUGGAGGUGCACGGCCCUUACGAUGAACACCAGGUCUCCGAGUCCAUCAACGUCGUCCAGGGAGACCGUACCGUCCAGACUUCCAUUCCAGAAGAUCUCCGUGUCACCGAGAAAAAGCUGGCGAGGGAGUUUGGUGAGCAAGGCCAAGAAAGCACCUACGAUGAGCAAGUAGACUUUUACGGCUCUUCCAUGGAAGAGUUUUCCGGCGAUCGGUCGGACGGGGCCCUGAGCCUGCAGAGGCAGGAGACGGCCAGCUACGGGGAAAGCAUGGAGCUCGCUUCGGGGAUCAAAGAAGAAAAUGCCCUUUCUGGGUUUUCGACCGCCGACAAGCUUUACCCCUGCCAGUGUGGCAAAAGCUUCACCCAUAAGAGUCAGCGGGAUCGCCACAUGGGCAUGCACCUCGGUCUCCGGCCCUACGGUUGCGGGGUGUGCGGCAAAAAGUUCAAAAUGAAGCACCACCUGGUGGGCCACAUGAAAAUCCACACGGGCAUCAAGCCUUACGAGUGCAACAUCUGUGGGAAGAGGUUUAUGUGGCGGGACAGUUUUCACCGGCACGUGACCUCGUGUUCCAAGUCGUACCAGGCCUGUAAGGUGGAGCAAAACGCGGCCGAGAUGAACUGAAGGGGGAGAAAAAAACAGGGAAGUGUAUGGGGAAGGAGAAAGAUCACGUUACUGGUUUAGCCAAGGGAACAGCAUGACUCUGCACCGUGUGUGCGGCGUACUAGUUUCGAGGUUCUGAAGAUUUAAAAUAAAAUUUUGUAGAACA